UCCCCCUUAAAGAGAACAAGCCCAUAAGGGAGGGAGGGCCAUUAAGAGCUCAUUAGAAACAGGACGCGCAUAUAUAAGAGCCUGCUGGUGCUGGGAACACUCUGGAGCCGAGAAGGAAUAUCCUCUCUUGUGUUUGUUAUUUGUUCCCCCAUCUCCUGUCUUCUCUUUCCCUCUCCAACACACCGCCAUGGGCUCGGUUUUCCCCGCCGACGCGCUGAGGAUGAAGUCCGGCUUCAAGUCUCCAAAUCUGUCUCUGUGUGAAAUCAUCACCUCGGAUGUCCUGCACAGCUUUCUGUACGGGAGAUGGAGGAACGUGCUAGGAGAACAGCCCCAUCACCAUCAUCAUCCUCAUCCUCUUCAUCCUCAUCCUCACCAUCAUCAUCCUCAUCCUCAUCAUCUUCAUCAGGUCUCCGAAGACAAGCCGCAGCAUCCCUUCAGCAAAACCGCGUUCACCGCUGAGGUCCUGGCGCAGUCCUUCUCCGGAGAGGUCCAGAAGUUGUCCAGCUUGGUGCUGCCCAGUGAGGUGAUCAUCGCUCAGAGCUCCAUCCCUGGAGAAGGCCUGGGCAUUUUCUCCAAGACGUGGAUCAAAGCCGGGACUGAGAUGGGUCCGUUCACUGGCCGCGUCCUCUAUCCCCAGCACGUGGACCUGCUCAAGAACAACAACCUCAUGUGGGAGGUGUUUAAUGAGGAUGGGACGGUGCGCUGCUUCAUAGAUGCGAGUCAGGAGGACCAACGCAGCUGGAUGACCUACAUCAAGUGUGCAAGGAACGAGCAGGAGCAGAACCUGGAGGUGGUGCAGAUCGGCAGCAGCAUCUUCUACAAGGCUGUGGAGACUAUUCCUCCUGACCAGGAGUUGCUUGUUUGGUAUGGGAAUUCACACAACAGCUUUCUGGGAAUUCCGGGUGUUCCUGGCAUUGAGGAAGAGCAUCAGAAAAGAACCAGGAAUGGUAAGUAUGACAAAAGAGACUUCAAAAAUCUCACCCUGUCGUCUGUUUUCUUUUCAGAUGAUUCCCACUCAAGCGACAGCAAUCCUUCUACCUCGCCUCCGUCCAUGUCCUCGUUGGCGUCCAGCCGCAUGCGCUGCGUCAUCUGUCACCGUGGCUUCAACUCACGCAGCAACCUGCGCUCUCACAUGCGCAUCCACACUCUGGACAAACCCUUCGCAUGUCGCUUCUGCAACCGGCGCUUCAGCCAGUCGUCCACGCUGCGCAACCACGUGCGCCUGCACACCGGCGAGCGCCCCUACAAGUGCCACGUGUGCCAGAGCGCCUACUCGCAGCUGGCAGGACUCCGGGCGCACCAGAAGAGCGCCAGGCACCGGCCAGCAGGCAACAAUACAGAAACCAGGCGGCCGUCUCCUGCCUCUCCAUCACAGGUGGCCUCCAUGGCGCAGACGGUGCCGCUGGUGCACCACAUAGCCACCAUGGUGCUCUGAGGAGUGCAGAGACAUGUGACUGAACACUUACCAGAUGAAAUGUCGGUCGAACAUCGGGUCGAACAAUGUUGCACUUUUGCACUUCCUCCUUAAAUGUUGUGCAUUACAAAAUGACAUUCGAUACAUGCACAGUACAAUCUUGGUGAUGAUCUGGAUCACUCUAUUUUGCUCAUGGAAACCACGACAAGACCGUAGUCUGGGUUUGAGACCACGCUAGCUGCGUUAUUCCGAAAGAAAUGUCAUGGGGGAUCAUCUCCAUUUUCUGGAAAGCUAGCAUCAGUGGUUGUCCAUUUAUGAUUCCAUUAACAUCUUGUAAUCAUGUAUACAGUGUAUUCCGUAUUUAAUAUGAUCAAAGACUCACUUAUUAAAGGAGCAGUUUGUAAUUUGAACACCCUCUCCUACAUGCAAGGGAUUUGCUUUGCAAUAAAGCUCUGACAAGCCUUCCCUUUCUUCCCAGCUCACAGAUUCAAAUCUCCGUGUUGUCUUUUAAGGAAAAGGAGCAGAGCUGAGACUGCAAACUGCACCUUUAAUAGGACCAUAAACUCGUCCACUGAUUAAAACAGCACCGUGUAUUCGUAUGUGCGGCUGCGGCUCAUAGAGCGGGGUGUCCACUAAUCGUAGGGUCGGCGGUUCGAUUCCCAGCCCACGUGACUCCACAUCCCGAAGCGUCCUUGGGCGAGAUACUGAACCCCGAGUCGCUCCCGAUGGAAAGCUAACGCCUCGCGUGGCAGCUCUGCUACCGUCGGUGUGUGAGUGUGUGUGUGAAUGGGUGAAUGAGACACGGUGUAAAGCGCUUUGGAACCGCUAAGGUUAAAAAAGCACCAUACAAGUGCAGAUAUUACUCAUAUUCUAAAA